CCGUCUACGGGCAGCGGAAGCUGUCAAAACGUCAACAGUAAACACAGAAGCGCGUUUGGAAAUGUUUUAGCGUUUACGAUGUUAUCUAUCGUGAUCAGGUCCACGGGUCUUCACCGUGCUCUUCGUUUAGGGACAUGUAUAAGCAUAAAGCAGAUGCAGGCUGUGUGUGGGGAUAAAAAAAGGUAUGCCAGCACAUCUGAAGAAAACAGAAAAAAUCCCAAGAUAUACACAAAAACUGGAGAUAAAGGUUUUUCCAGUACCUUCACAGGUGAGAGGAGACCAAAGGAGGAUCAUAUAUUUGAUGCUUUGGGAACAACAGAUGAAUUAUCAUCAGCUAUUGGGUUAGCAAGAGAAUUUUGCAUUGACAGUGGCCAUUCAUUCACAGAUCAGCUGGACAAGAUCCAGUGUGUACUACAGGACGUAGGGUCAAAUAUUGCCACUCCACGGUCAUCAGCUAGAGACAGUCACAUCCAGAAGACGAAGUUCAGCUCUCAAGCUGUGAUUGAGCUGGAGAGGUGGAUUGAUUCGUUGACAGAGGAGCUGCCUCCACUCACCAACUUCAUACUUCCUUCAGGAGGGAAAAGCAGCGCAGCUUUACAUGUGGCCAGAGGAGUGUGUCGACGGGCUGAACGCUGUGUUGCCCCUGUUGUCCGUUCGGGUGAGACAGAUCCUGAAGUUGCCAGAUAUCUGAACAGAUUGAGUGACUACUUGUUCACGGUGGCUAGAUAUGCUGCAAUGAAAGAGGGCAAUGCAGAAACAAUCUACAAAAGACCUGAAUAGGGGAGGAAGAAAAAAAUCU